GGCACAGACAUCCUAAGUAUGACUGCAGAAAUUUGGGACGUUAUCAUUGUUGGCGCUGGACUAUCUGGACUGAGUGCAGCUCAUUUGCUCAAAAAAAGGGAUGCUGCGCUGAAAAUGCUAAUACUGGAGGGAAAAGAUCGAGUGGGAGGUCGCACAGUGUCUAUUGACAUACCAGCAGCCAAUGGCACUGAUCGGUGGGACUUUGGAGGCCAGUGGGUUGGCAGCACCCAAACACACAUCCUUGAGCUGAUAGAAGAGCUGGGAUUAGAGACCUACCCACAAUUCAACACUGGCAAGAAAGUGCACCACAUGGGAGGACCGUGUGCCAAAGUUCGCACCUACAAAACCAGUAUCCCUGCUCUGUCACCACUGGUGCUACUGGACUUGACCCAGCUCAUAUGGAAGAUUGACAGAUUGUGCGCCACAGUGUGUGUCCGGGACCCUUUGAUGACUCCCAAUAGUGUGGAACUGGACAGCAUGACCCUGCACUCCUAUUUCGACCAAAACGCCUGGACAAAGGAACUUAAAGAGGAGAUGGGAGUGGCCAGCAGGUCUGUGUUUGGCAUAGAGCCAUCCCAGAUGUCCUUGCUGUUCUUCCUCAUGUAUUCUGCUGCAGCUGGAGGGGUGUUGCAACUGCUGGAGAGCUCACCGGGUUGUGCUCAGGAGUCCAAGAUAAAGGGGGGCACCCAACAGCUUUCAGAGCGUCUGGCAGAUCGAAUUGGGUGGAAGAAUGUCCGGCUGGGUUCUGCUGUGACGGCCAUAUGGCAGGAUGGCGAGUGGGCCAGGGUGAAGACCGCCACCAGCUCCUACUUGUGCAGAGCCGUGAUUGUCACCUGCCCCCCUCAUUUGGCAGCAAAGAUCGACUACCAGCCCGCCCUGCCCAGCCAGAGACAGUACCUCACCCAGAACAUGCCAGUGGGACACAUGAUAAAAUUUGUUAUUACCUACCAAACGGCAUUUUGGAAGGAGAAAGGCUUUUCGGGGGAAAUAGUUGCAGGUUCUUCCACUGACUGUCCUUUCUGUGUCACCUUUGAUGCGACGAACCCCAGCGGUAGUGCAGCUUUGGUGGGCUUCAUCGCCGGCCAGGGUGCCUCUCAGUGGACGUCCAAGGAGGUUGGAGAGAGGAGAAAAGCUGUGCUCUCCAGUUUGGUCAAAUACUUAGGCCCUGAAGCUGCAUCUUUCAUCCACUAUGAAGAAAAAGACUGGGCUAAGGAGGACUAUAGCGGUGGCUGCCCUGUGAAUGUCAUGGCGCCGGGUCUGCUAACAUACUACCACCCCAGCCUGAGGAAGCCCUGUGGCAGGAUCCGCUGGGCCGGUACGGAGACAGCGACUCAGUGGUGUGGAUACAUGAGCGGAGCGGUGCAGGCCGGUCAGCGAGCAGCUCUGGAAGUCCUGGCUGAACUUUGCCCUUUGACCCUUACUGAGGAGGAGCAGGAGGCAGUGCUGCAGAGCCAAUGCAACGAGGACCCUCCACUGCAGACCCAGCCAUCCAGACCCGCACACCUGUACGCGAGGAAGUCCGUCAUCAUCGCAGCACUGAUGGUCACGGGUGCUCUCGCCUUGGCUCAGCGUCACGACGCUUUGCAAAAAGUCAAAUUGUACGUGACAAAUAUGUUCGUGGCAGCAAAGUCUACUAUAUUUUGA